AUGAAACUAUUGGCAAUAUUUGUUUUACAUAAGGAUGUUGAUAAAAAAGUGAAAAUACUUCAGGAAGAGUUUAAUCUUGAAAGUUUUGGUUAUUUUCAACGUCUUAGUGUACAACAAUUAUUUGGUUUCUCGGCACGAACAGUUACAGAACGUACAGCCUUAGGUACAAAGCAGUCAGUUGAAGCUGACCAAACUGCUAAAGGUUUCAUUCAUAUUUAUGUUCGUCCAGAUGGUUUAGCAUCAGUUAUUAUUGCUGAUAGUGAAUAUCCACAACGAGUGGCACAUACCCUUCUUAGUAAGGUGAAUACUCAUUUAUAUAAAUAUUGGGUGUAUCAGGAGUUUUGCGACAUUUAGUAUCUAUCGAAUAUCUCAGCCGAGAUCAAUCGUAUGAUCUUGAUUCUUUUGUUAAAAGACGCAUUGUGAAAAGCUCUACAAAAAAUUGUAAGAGCAGAUCCCCAUUAAGUUUUUCUGAUGGUGUCGGCUACAUUCAAAAUGAAUAGAUCAGAUGAUGGUCCUAUGUCCUACGGUAUUAAGUAUUUGGAAGAUAGUUUUAUUUCGCAACAGGAACUUGCUCAUACAGGUUUUGUAGAACUUUCAACGGCACAUCUUUUAAAAAAAAAGAUCAAGACGUUAUCAUUUUCCCAAGUCGAGAUAUUCGUAAAAUAGAAGAAGAAGUCUUCCAAAAAAUUUUGUUAUACUAAUUACGGUGGAACAUAAUAUCGUCAUGUGAUCUGUUCAUUUUGAGUAUCGGAGAUACUAUCUGAGGAAGUCAAUAGGGAUUCGUUCUUACAGUUUUGUAGAGCUUUUCACGACGCAUCUUGUAAAAAGAAGAAUGAAAGAUUAUACGAUUGAUCUCUACUGCAAUAUUUGAAAAAUACUAAAUGUCGCAAAACUCCUGAUACACCCAGUAUAUAUUUUUUU